ACAAGUAGUAGUUUGAUUUUGCCAUUGCAUUAUGGCCUUCAACAACUACGAUCACAUUUUCACCACCUCAACCUUAUGCAUCAUCGUUAUUUUUUUGUAUCUCAUGUCAUGCUGUCAUUCGUGUGAUUCGGGAACAUGCCUGGAAAAAUCCCAUAGUAUGGUAUGUACUACUGGAAAUGAAGAAUGUUCAACACCAUUCGUGUGCAGGAGUGAUAAAAAUAAUAUUAACCGUUGCUUGUGUGCAGUAAACAACUAUUACACAUCAUCAACCACCAGUUGCACUUCAGUUACACAGCUCCAAGUACAAACUCCAUCUGUACAAAGUAGAACAACCAGCUCCAUCUACAUAACCUGGUCAAUAAACGCUGGAAUCCCUGCCAAUGUCAAUUAUAAAAUACAAGUUGGCUCUUUAGCCCCAAUUACAGCAAGUUCUACUGGUGGAGAUGUCACUGGUCUAAGUCCUGGACAACAAUACACCUUGUGGAUCGUUUCUACGCUUCCUGCAAACAGUUACUAUCCUGAUCUAAAUACAAAUGUUUCAGUUGCAUUUUGGACUUCAGGUGAAGAGGUAAACUACACAGCACUAGCCAUUGGUUUAGGAAUUGGACUUCCAUGUAUUAUUAUUAUAAUCAUUGUUGCUGCUAUAUGUAUAAAUCGACACCUCAGAAACAAGAAGUUAGAAGCUAUGAGGAGACAAGAACCUCGCUACAACACACCAAGCAGAACUUUUCAAGAUGAUCACCUUUAUGGUGUGUCUAAUGAAAACAUGACCCCAGUUAUCAGUGAACCAGAUCAAGUCAGCCAGCCAGCAAGAAAUGGAGAUGUCUAUGAUGAAAUACCCGACUACAUUAAUUAAGCUUUUGCAAGAUUUAAGAUGUAUCCACAUGUUAAAAGUGCAGUUCAAAAAAGUAAACUGACAACAAAUUCAUUCCUCAAGACAAAAACUAUUAUUUUUUUAUUGCAUGUAGUUUUGAAAAAUGAUGUGUGUAUAGAUAAGUAUUGCGGUUUCUUGUGAAAGCUGCUAAAACUAAAAAGUACUUAUCAUUAAGUUAAUGAAAAUAAAAUGUCUUAUUAUAGGGCCUACUGUUUUUGGAAUUGAUUAAAAAUUAGGUGAAUGAAUUUUCAGAUAUUAAAAUGAAAUGUUUAAAAUUGCAUAAUAUGCCCAUAAUCUCCUAAAACUAUUCUCUCUAACACAUAUUAAAAGUAAAAAAAAAAGAUGACUUAAUAAAAUAUCCAAAACAAUAAAUAAAUAAAGGUUUUCUCUUUUUGUCAUUGUGUUUUAUCCAGUGAUGUUUAAA